CUCAUGAUCGUUCUCUCUUCUCUCUCCUGAUAAGUUGUUAUCUUGCUUGUCAACUGUCCCAUCCUCGUACAAAUAAUGUGUACAUGUCCCCACUCAACAAUUAUGUAUUAAUUUGCAAGCGUUACUACCCAUCCAACCCACUUGAGCUUGACAUAUAAAGCUGCCCCUGGUCCGGCAGGGUUAUCACCAUUGCUCAAAAAACGGUACGACGACACGAACCUCAAAAUGCAGCACCUUUUCGUCUUUGCCCUCGUUCUCAGCGGCGGUCUCCUCAUCGCCGUCGACGCCCACGGCAGGUUUAUGCGCCCACCAAACAGAAGUUCAAUUUGGAGGGUGCCAGAAUUUGCGGGGCAAAAUCCCCCAGCAAACUAUGAUGAUAACCAACUCUACUGCGGAGGACUUCACCAGGCUGACGAGCCAGGAAGCAAUUGUGGCGUGUGCGGUGACCGAGCGUCGGACCCGACCCCACGCCCCAACGAAAUUGGAGGCACCUGGUACAGAGGAAUCAUCACGGGAGAUUAUCAAUCCGGACAGGUUAUCGAUAUUGAGAUUGAUUUGACCACGAGUCACUUGGGUGCGAUGGAAUUCCGUCUGUGCACAAACCCCCAAACCGAAAAUCAAGCCUGUUUCAAUCAGAAUGUACUCCGAAUUGCUGAUGGUCCUGGCGCCGGGGGGACCAAAUUGCCAGCCGCGUCCACCGGACUAAUGCGAUCCAGGCUUCAACUUCCAUCAGGAGUUAGAUGUGAUCACUGCAUUAUUCAAUGGAACUACAGGGCCGGAAAUGGCUGGGGAGAUUGCGGAAACGGCACCUCUGCUUCGGGAUGUGGACCACAGGAAACGUUCCGUGGAUGCUCAGAUGUCCGAAUUCGUUAAAAAAUCAAUCUAACGCUCAAAUUGAUAGUUACCUAUUUGUAAAUAUAUCUAGUUUCUUUUCCGCGUAAAGUAAAAUCUGCAACCCAAUUUUUAUUUAUGUACAAGUCUAA